GACCGCCACGGCCAGAGGUUCCCGGCAGGUGCGCCAUCGGCUCCCGACUCUCCCGGCCCUUCCGCGCUUCCGCAGCCGCAGCUGCUUGUGCGAGCCAUGAAACUGGAAAGUGCGGCUGACGCGCAGCUGGAGUUCACCAUUGCCACGGAAAGAGACUUUGAGGAGAUCCUGGCCAUCUCCCAGGGGAUCUACGGAGGCCUCGACUACCUCCCAAGCCGCUACCAUGCCUGGAUCCAUGAGCCGAACCGCACCGUUGUGCUGGCCAAGAAGAAUGGCCUCGUGAUAGGGCUCCAGUCGGUCUACAUCAUUGACGCGGGAGAGACUGCCCUGGUGGAGGGGCUGCGCGUUGCACCCUGGGAGCGUGGCAAAGGCGUGGCUGGGGAUUUGCAGCGAUUCUGCUCUGCCAUGGUGAAGGAGAAGCAUCCGGAAGUGAAAGUCUCCCGCCUGACCCGGGACGACAAGCUGGGGGCCAAAGACUUGAGGAAGUAUCGCAUCAUUGCAAAACAGGGGAUCCUUCUGCUGCGCUUCCAGGCCCAGGAGCUGCUCUCCCGCUUGGACGCUGUGGCGCUGGCUGGGGGCGGCUUCCGCCUGGAGCCUUCGGAGCUGCUCCUGGAGAGGGAGGUGCCGGAGGUCGUGCUGAGGGAGGCUUUCCGGAGCGAAGUCCUGCCCAACCAGACCAUCAUCCAGGACUGGCAGCCCUUCAAGGCCACUCGGAGCAACCUGGCCCUCCUGCAGAAGAAGAGCCUGCGCUGGGUGGUUGACCGGAAGGCCCACCCCACCGUGGCCACCCUGAGCACCCAGCCCUUCGCCAUCCCGCUGGGCAAGGACUGGCAGUACCUGAACAUCGACGCCUUUGGCCGCAACCUGGCCCAGCUCAAGAGCCAGCUGGUCCACCACCUGCACCUCCAGGUGCCCGGCCUGCAGGGUGGCGUCAUGUGCCAGCUGUUCCUGGAGCCCCAGCUGUGGCUGGAGAUGGCCGCCUUCUGCCAGGAGGCCCUGGGCCUGGAGCUGGCGAAGGACUACACCGAGCAGUACCUGCUGGAGGCUGACAUCUGA